UACGUACGCGAUCAAGUAAGAACAAGAACCCAAGUUCCAUUUAUGAAGAUGAGGAACAAUCCUAUCCAGCUCCCUUAUCUAAAAAAAAUAGAAGUCCCAUUUAUGAAGAUGAGGUUGAAAAAUCCUGUCUAGCUCUCUCAACUAAUAAAAAAAACAAAAAUUCCACUACUUUGCAGUCACCUAUUACUAGUAGAAGCAAUUCAUUUAGUUCAAAAGAAGUGGAAGCUAAUCCUGAAGUCAAUCGUAAUAAUUUUUUAGGAAAUUAUGAUCAUAAUAAUCAAAACCAACAUGACAAACACAAUGAAUUUAAUGAAAACAAUGAAUAUGAACACAAUGAAUAUGAACGUAAUGAAUAUAUUGAAU